AUGCAUCCCUGUCUCUACCCCAGCCCGUCAUCCGCCAUCCCUCACUUAUUGCCAUUCACCACAGCUCCCGUUACCUCUGACAUCUCGCACUCCCCCAUCCACACCCCCGCGCAUCUGCAGGUGUGGCAGUACUCGGACGUGCGUCAGGCCGGCGCGCUCACGCGCCCGGAGUUCUUCAACGCGCUGCGCCUCGUCAAUGUAGCGCAGUCCGGCCGCGACCUCACCCCCGACCUCGUGCGAGCCGCUCUCAAUGGCCCUGCCGCCUCGCAGAUCCCUCCUCCUCGCAUCGCUGGAGCUCCGUCUCCUGCCGCUGGCGCCGUUGCUGCUCCACAGCCUCUCUCCUCCUUCCCUUCUGGCCUCUCCGUAGGCUCGGCCAGCGCAGGACUAGGCUCGGGAGGGCUGACAGCAGCGGCGGCAGCAGCCGGGCUGAAGCCGAAGCAGCCUGGCGCUUUGUCGGACGUUUUUGUGGAGUUUGGUUCGUUUGAUGUGAAAUCUAAGUCCGUGCAGCCUACUAGUGCGCCUGUGAGGAGGGAGGUGCCGGGGUCGCUGCAGCAGCAGCAGCAGCAAGCACAGAUGGGGACGAUUCAGGUGCAGCAGCAGAUGGCUGCUAAGCAGCAGCAAGAUCAGUUGCAGCAACAGCAGCAGCAGUUGCAGCAGCAGCAGCAGCAGCAACAGUUGCAGCAACAGCAACAGCAACAGCAGCAGCUGCAGCAACAACAACAGCAGCAGUUGCAGCAGCAGCAGCAGCAGCUACAGCAGCAACAGGCCUUCCUGCCACCACAGCAGCAGCAGGCAGCAGGGGAAGAGAAGCCAUCUCAAGGGCUUGUUGCACCUGCUGCUACCGUGUCCGCCCCUACUGCUCCUUCUGCACCUACCACUGCCGGCCCCGCUUCUGCCGACCAAAGCAUGUCUUCCUUUGCACAGCCUCCUUCUCCAUCUGCUCCGGCUGCUGCUCCUGCUGCUCCUGCUGCGCCUGCUGCUUCGGAACUCACAGCAUCAAGUUCAGGAGCUGCAGAUGCGGGCACUGCCCCAGCAGCAGCAGGAGCAUGGGCAGGAGCAGCAGCAGGAGGAGGAGCAGCAGGAACAGGGCAGUUCGUUCCAAGCCAAGCCAUCGUGCCCGCAGCUGCCGCUCCUGGUGCUGUUGUCCCUGCUGGGGUGGCAGCGGCAACUGCAGGGGGAGCAGCGGCGGCAGCAGGGGGGCCAGCAGGAGGGGGGUAUGUGAUGGUCCCUGGUGACCCUCAGCCAUGGCCCCGACUCACAGUGGCAGAGGUGCAGCGCUGUGCGCAGGUGUUCAGUGCGGUGGAUACGGAUAGGGAUGGGAAGAUCACAGGGGAGCAGGCGAGGAAGCUGCUGAUGAGCUACAAGGUCCCUAUCGGUGAGCGCUUUUCCUUAUUCUUUCCUUCCAAUCCCACUGCCUCCUUCCCUCCUCCGAGUCCUUCCCUCUUCAUCUUCCCUCCCCCUUUCCUCCGACGCUUUCCUCCAUGUCUCUUGCAUAUCGCCCCUUCCCCUCUGCUCUUCGUCUCCAUCUCUCUGCUCAAUCCUGCUUGCCCAUCCCUUCGUUCACUCCUCCCCCCUCCCCUUCCUCCCCACCCCAACCGCCUCCCAGACGUGCUGAAGCGGGUGUGGGACAUGGCCGAUCAGGACAAGGACGGCAUGCUCACCCUGCGAGAGCUCUGCACCGCUCUGUACCUCAUCAACCACGUGAAGGCAGGCCGCCAGCUGCCGCCCACCCUGCCCCAGGGCAUCCACCUGGACGAGCAGCCACCGCCCCCUGCUGCUCCUGGCGGUGGUGGUGGUGCUGCUGCGUCUGCGCCUGUCACUGCUUCAUCUGCAGUUUCAACCGCGGCCCCUGCUGCUGCUGCUGCUGCUGGGCCGGGAGGGGAGGGAGGAGGGGGUGCAGCAGGUGGGGCUGGUGCGCAGGCAGUGACUGCUUGGAGACACCAGCCAGGUGCGUGGGGUGGUGAGGGGCAAGGGGCGUGCAUGGGGUCACUGAGUGGCACGCCCGAGCAGCAGCAGCAGCAGCGACCAACUGUAGUGCUGACAGGCGUGGGGCAGAUGCCAGUGCCAGCAGAGGCAGGUGACGUGGAUGCAUCACGGCCGGUGUACCGCUCCCAGGCGCCCGACCUGGAGGGCGAGAAGGUGGCUCAGCUGGAGGCGGAGGAAAGGGAGAAGAUUGAGAGCAAGCACAGGGAGGCGGAGGAGAUUGGGAAGAAGGUGUGGGAGACGGAGCUACAGAUAGCGGACUACAAGCGCAAGAUCGACUUCUAUCGCGUCAAGAUGCAGGAGAUUAUCAUGUUCAAGAGCCGCUGUGACAACCGCUUGAACGACGUCAUGGAGCAAGUGGCAGCGGAGAAGAGGCAUUACGACAUGCUGUGCAAGCGCUACGACGAGCGCUUCAAGGCGUCCAUGCCAGGUGUCAAGUCGCGAUUGGCCUACGAGGACAGCGUGCUCAAGGAGCUACAGGAACGCAAGGCGGAGUUGAUGGAGGUGGUGUCGCGAUUCCGAGCCACCACUGACGUCUCCGACCUGCUGCAGGGCCGAGCGGACAAGCUGGGGAUGGAUCUGGAGGAUGCGAGGAGGGCCAUGAACCGGCAGGCCAAGGACCUGGGGCUCAAAGUGCGCCCGCUGCUCGGCGCUGCCUCGGGGCCUGAUGCGUGGCGAGUGGCCCUACAGGAGAACAUGGCGGAUUGCGAUGAUGACUGGGACGAGUUCAUGGACCAAGGCUUCUCAGUGGUGCGCUCGCGCACGGACGAUCUGCUGGGGGGGGAUGACGACGAGCCGGCGCCCCUCAUUCCCCUGGGCCCCGUCACUCCCUCCACCCCGCCCCUCGCCCCCGCUGCUGCCCCGGCCCCUGCUGCCGCUGCUGCUGCUGCUGGCGCUGCUGGUGAGGGUGCUGCUGGUGGUGCUGCCGGCGGUGCUGUGUCCGCUUGGGCCCUACUGGAGGAGGAGGAGGAGGAGAGGAGGGCGCGGGAUGAGGUGGAAGAGGAUGGGGAGAGGGAGGAGGAAGAGGAGGAAGGGAGGGAGGAGAGUAGUGGGGUUGGGCAGCUGGGGGGGUGGUCUAGAGGCAGUGGGAGGGGGCGAGGGGGGAUGGGCGAGGAGGAGGAGGAGGAAGGAGGCCAUGUUGUGGAGGAGGAACCUGAGACGCCUCAAGGCCCAUCGGCGUGGGACAACCGCUUUGGGUUCACAGCCUCAGGAGUGGACUCGCCCUCUGUCUCCCAGUCCAUGGACUUCCAGCCCUCAGCCUUUGCUGCCCAGGACUUUGCCUCGGGAUUCGACCAUCAUUUCGAUGCCACAGGCUCAGGCUUCCGAGCCUCCAGCCAGUAUGACUCCAACUUCCGAGCCUCGAGUGAGUUUGACUCGCAUGCACAUCCAGAAGACUCAGCUUCUGAGCAGUCAGGGCUGGGGUUUGGCCGCCCAGACGAUUACGCUGAGGUGGCUUCGGGCGGCGCUGCAGGAUUUGAUUCUGCUGCGGGGUUUGAUUCUGCGUAUGGAAGUGGGAGGGGCAGCGGUGUGUCGGAAUCGCGAUUUGAUGAGCAUGUGGGGGAGGAGGAUGCAUCGUCUGCAGACAACACUCCCAUGGCAGGCGCAGGGGGACACUUUUCUCAGCGCGGGUGGGGUGCUUUCUAA